GCGGCCAAGUUGAGUUUUGGAAUUUGUUGUUGAUGUAUUUUUUUAAAACAUCAGCAUCACUGUUACCGAAAGCAUGUUAAGGACACAUAUCAUCAUUUGAGAGUGAAUCCUGAUAACUGAUCAUCUGGCUGUAUUAUAUUAAAAAAUUACAAAGAUGCCUGGUCCUGAAAUGCCUUCGGACCUGUCCAGCGAGCGGAAACUGUUUCAGGUUGGUCUUAACAGACGUACACAGCUGGCACUGAAACAAGAAUUAGACUCUGUCACCAGUAAGACUAUAGCUGAGAUUGCAGCCAUGAAGCAGGCUAGAAUGAUGGAGCCACUUACAGAUGAUGAAAUAACAACAAGGAAGCUUUGUCCACAAUUUGUACCCCAGAAAAUAAGAGAGAAAAGAAAGUUGCAUCCAAUAUUUCAUGAAGACAUUAAAGUAAAGGAACAUUCUAAGGAAGAGCCUACAGUGAUUACAAAUGUUCCUCGGUACAAUCCAUUGGAAAAGAAGUGUCGGUUGCUACCUUCUAAGACAAGGAAAUAUCCAUAUGUCAAAGACAGUGUGGUUACCACGGCAGAUCUGAAGAAACCUCAUAUUUCUUCAGUGGGUGUCACCCCACACAGACAAAGUUCUGAAAUUCCUGAACUAAAAGUUGUACUGACCGGGAAAUCGGCCACCACUGAAUUUGCUCCCAGCAACAUUUCUCUGGCAGAAAUCAAAACGGCGACUGCACUUUAUUCUCGUCCUCCCACCACACCACAAGUGUCGCAUACAAAGUUGGACAGAACACCGGAGGAAGAGGAGGAAGAUCUGACUAGGAAACCCGCUAUUCUGAGUCAAGUGGGAACCUCGAAGCCCCUAGCAUUAUGUGACCGCCGGACAGGAGCUCCGAAACCGCUAGGAAGGAAGAGAAGUAGCAGACGACUGCGUGAACCAGACAUGUUAGCUGAUGUGAUGCGCAGUUCCUUGAAGAGUGGGCGGAGUCUGGGCUCGUCGUUCCAGAGUGAGGAGAUCGUCCUGCCCGAUGACCGCUUGUAUGGUCAGUACGAUGAGGCCAUUCUGGACAUUGAUGUGGAUGAUGUGGAGACGGCAGUUGGACAGAAGAGUGCAGCAUCUGCGAUGAAGAGUGUGAAGGAACUGUGCGAGGAAGCCAAGCAGAUCGCAAGUCCUAAUGCACCUCCCAUUUACAAACAGUACAGGAAGUGUCUGAACCCGAACCAGCGCAAAGACAAACUCCCGCCCACGCCAAGGAGGAAAGUCACAAAACGCAAAGACAAACUGGAAGCCUUGCCGAAAAAAGUAGCUAAAGUUGAGAAAGAGGACACUGCUUCUGUGGGAACUCGGCCUCGGUCAGAGCGAUCUGUGGAUGAAAUCAUCGCAUCACUGCGAGACCAAUCUCGCAAAGGAACUGUUUCUGAGGCCGACCGCAGAAUUCAGGAGAUAAUGAGUCGGGUAAUGUCACGCGCCAGUGAUUACAUGCGAGAUGAUGAAACAGAAAAAACAGCUUCACAAGAUUCAUUCCAAGAACUGGAGCCUGAGAAUGUCACAGAUGAAGCACAGCUAGACGGAGCCAUUGCAGCAGAGGAGCAGGAAGAAGAAGAACUACAGUUUGCUGAGGAGAGUAAGGAAGUACUAGAAGAAGAACAGCCAGCUAAUAUACCUCCACCUGUUGAAGAAGAGCUGUUACCUUCUGACCGAACAGGAGACGUUCAGCAGGUUUCUGAUCAUGAAGACGAGGAACCGUCACUAGAUAUACAACAGGCAUGGAUAGAACUUAAUUUACCCCCAGAAGCUACCUACGAAGAUCUCGUGAGCAUACAGGGAAAACAGAAGGAAAUUCAGUGUCGCAGUUUGCCUGAACCAUACACCGGUCCGAGGCUGCCUGUCCAGGGCACUGCUAUGUCGUUUCUGUCGACCUGGGCCCCGCGUGAGACGAGGGAGAGACCAGAACCCGUGGGUGAGAGGCCGCUGUCCCGAAACAUCCAUCACUUCUGUACGGAGACCGCAGAGUUCCAGCUGCCCAGGGAGUUACAAAACAUCGGACGCAAAUACCACACGCCGGACAGAUUUACCACGUUCCCACAGCAACCAUACAGAUUUGGGAGGACAGGACCAGAGGAGGCAGUGGAAGAUGAUUUGUUAGAGAUGGACGAAGAUGCUCGGAUCUCUGACGCAGCAGAGAGAAUCGUUAAUGAAGUGAACACAGCUGACUCGGAGGUUUCCUUUGAAGCAUGGCAGCAAAAAGCAAAUCAAGUCUUUUCUCAGCUUGACUUGAACAUUGAGGGUACCAGGAUGUUUCUGCGAUCGGACGAGUCGCGUGUAUACUGGGACCCGGCCCCCGCUAAGCUAGACGUGAUGCCUGCGCGGGUCAAGGACAUCCUGUUCCCAGAGUAUGAUGGGAUGACCGGUGUUCACUCCACGCAGGACGUCGACUUGAUGGAGAUCCAGUCAGAGACCACACAGGAGGAGGAUGUCGACUUGCUCGAACUCGCACCCGAAGACCAGGAGGCUCUCGACAGAACCUUUAUGCGGAAACACAAUUCUGCUGAAGAUUUAACAGAACUGGUGAAAGCAUCAAGACACAGAGAAGCAGUACUUCUUAGUGAUGAUGUUGACACAUCACGGAAACCUUCAGAAGCUGAUGUUGCCUCUACAGCUACAUUGGUUCCUCCUGGCCGUGAAGGCACACCGUCCACCCUGGAGAUACCAGUCACUGGCAGUCUGUCUGCUCAGAGUGGUGUUCCCAGUCCCGACAUGUCCUCCCAGGGGACCGCUCACGAGAGCAGACAGGAGCCGGGCGACAUUCUGCCACUGUUUGUGCCUGUACGCAGGACUCGGUCUGAACCACAGCUUAUUGGAACAUUUGACGACACCCUGAUGAUUCCACAGGAUUUCGAUACAGCCUUAGGGGAGAUCAAGGAGCAGAAAGUUCAGAUUCGCCAGCUCAAGCAGCAGCGUCGACUACAAGAGGUGGCCAUCAUCCCAACUGAAGAGGAGGACAUCCCCAUGAAAGAGGAGUUGUCUCCCCAGCCAAUUUUAAAGACUAUUCUCGCUAGUUCACAAGCUAUGAAGGAGAUGAAGACACCUUCAGAAGAGGCGCUGCUAGCUGGCAGAAGUUAUGUGAUCCUUCCAAAAAGAUCGAAGAUGAAGAAGAGGCGCGUGAACAUGGCUCGAAUAGAAGCAGUGGAGGAGUUUCUGAGAAGGCCGACACGGAAGAUAGAACGUAGUGACUCGCUGCACAAUGUUACACGAGUGAUAGAGCGAGAACUACGAGUACCGUCGAGAAUCCGCCACCAUCGAUGGAGCGUUCCAAACAUCUUUGACUUCAAAGAAUACAAGACGAAGAGGGGAAUAAUGAAAUCUGAGGAUGAACGUGAGUGGGUGCGGGGCAUCUGGAACACAUGGUUUGACCAGGUGUACCCCCCGACACCAUCGUCAUCCGAGGAUGAGGACGAUUACGAAAUGACAGAGUCGUAUCAAGACACAUCAUCCGUUAAUGUCGCAGAUGAUAAGUCGAGCAAAAAGAAAGAUUCUAUCAACAGCUUAUUGGUGGAUGACAUCGAUAGUCUUGAACCUAUUCCCGACACAGAGGAAAAUGCAGAGAUAUUAGAAAUUCUGCGAGAUGAGAUUGACAAGUUGACUAGACAGAUAGAGCUUGCUAAAGAACCGCUGGCCUUUGACUUCUGUAGGAGAGGAGGUCUCUACAGAAAGGUUGGAGAAGUAAAGAAAGCUUUGGAAGAUUUGAACAGAGCUAUCGACAUGGAACCGCUGUUGCUUGACGCAUACUGGCACCGCCAUCUCCUGUACAUCCUGCAGGGCAAACAACAGGCGGCCAUGGAUGACCUCAACUUCAUCGUCAAGAAAAACAAGAGCCACGCUGGGGCGUACAGAUCCUUGGCUGAGAUGUUUCAGAAGGUUGACGACAUAACUAUGGCUAUCAUAAACUACACUCAGGCAAUCAAAGUCAACCCCCAGGACCAUGAGGCAUUCUUCCGCAGAGCUCAGAUGUAUGAAAAGCGAGGCGACAUGUUGCUGGCCAUGGAAGAUUACAGCAUCGCCUCCAAAAUACUGCCAGCUCGGACUGACGCCAUCUUGAAGCGUGGACUCUACUACUUCAAAAACCAUAUCUGGUACAACGCCAUCAACGACUUCACGGACAUGUUGCGAGUUGAGCCGGAUAGCGCCGUGGCGCGACUCUAUCGGGGCCGGGCAUAUGCUAAGCAGCAGCAGUGGAAACUGGCCAUUGAGGACCUGGCAGCCGCCAUUCACUUCGACCCCAACAGCUGGGAGGCUUACUACUACCGUGCAUGCAUCCUCCGCAAGUCUCAUCCUAACCGAUCUCUGAUGGACUACAGUAUAUCUCUGAUGAUCAACGACACUGAUGAAAACAUCAUGUCCUACCUGCACCGCGGAAUCCUGUACGACGCCAUGGACCAGGCUACGGAUGCUAUUUGUGACUUCGAGAGUGUCCUCAAACUGAACAAGGAUGUCGCCUGUGCCCAUGUCAACCUGGGGCUUAUCUACAUGAAGAAAUACCAGAACUACCACAGGGCUAUAAAGAGAUUUGGUUCUGCCAUCAAGAUUGCGCCAACAUACGUGAGAGCGUAUGUGUGCCGAGCUGAGGCAUAUCACAAGAUCCAUGAGUUGAAGCAAGCCCUGCAUGAUUUCACUCGCGUGAUUCACCUCCGACCAGACAUCCCACACUUCUACAUGUACAGGGGUCAGCUCGUUCUGGAAAUGGGCAAUAUGGAUUUGGCAGCAUUCUGUGUCAGACAUGCAGCAGUCUUAAAUCAGGACACAUCUCUUUCAACAGCCCAACAAGAGGCGGUUGUACAAUCCUUCCUCAAAAACUAUGACAAGGCUAUUGAGGCGUUGGUGUCAGCUGCACGUUCCAACCCAACUGGCUCCCUGGACAUGUUGCUGGGUAAGACGCAGAUGAAAGCCAAACGGUUCAAAGAUGCAGUUGUCACCUUUCAGCAUGCUCUGCAACUGUUUAUCAAGGAGCAGGGAAAACCAUGGAGAUCGAAGGACCCUUGGCCUCCAGAGACAGCCGAGGCUCACUUCCUGUCUGGGAUUUGUAACACAGAACUGAGACGAUACUUUGAAGCACUGGAGAAUUUCAAUGAGGCCAUCAAGUAUGAUCCUGUUCACGCAGAGGCAUUCUACCAGCGUGGCCUGACUCGAAUAAAACUCAAACAGUCCAAGGGCAUCCUGGACUUCAACAGGGCUCUGGCUAUUGACCCAAAGAUAUUCCAGAUAUUCCUCAGUAGGGCAUGUUACUAUGGUUUGAAAGGAAAUUAUACGAAGGCAAUACUGAACUGUAACGAGGCCAUCAAACUGCAGCCCAACAGUGUCAGAGCUUAUUUGUACAGAGGAGCACUGAAAUACCACAUACGUGUGUACGACCUGGCAGUGAUUGACUUGACGAAGGCCGCGAUGAUAAACAGCACAUGCGCCCUCGCCUACUUCAACCGCGCGGUCUGCUACCAGGAGAGCAAAAAAUACGACAAGGCACUGAUGGAUUAUGGGAUAGUUCUGCUGAUUGGAGACGACCUCAAGCUAAAGGUGCUCAUCAAUCGAGGUCUGCUGUAUUUUGAGAAGAAGGAUUACGGAAACGCUCUCUAUGACUUCCAGUUGGCUUCCAAGUUGAGUUCCGAUGACCACAAGAUUUACCACACCCUCGGACUCUGCCACCACAAACUGGGCCAGCUCCAGCAAGCCGUGGCCACGUUCACCCACUGUAUCCAGCUGAAGCCGUUCUUCCUCGAUGCGUACAUCAGCCGCGGUAACGUCUACAUGGACUACGGACACGACCAGGGGCUCAAGUUCGCCAGUCGUGACUACCAGCGAGCACUACAUCUGAACUCGGUGUGUCUCGCAGCCCGCGUCAACCUGGCGUACUCGAUGCAGGUAGCGGGCCGCUUCAUGGCCGCAUGGCAACACUUCACAUGUGCGAUUGCCAUCAACCCUACAUUCAAGCCAGCCCUAGAAGGCCGGGCCAUUGUCAAUCUGCAGAUGAGUGACACAUUCGCAGCAUUCCAAGACAUCUGUCAGUCAAUCAAGGUACAGCCCACCUCAGAGCUGCUGACCAACAGAGGAGUGAUCAACCAGUUCAUGAACGAUCGAGUGAACGCAAUGAAGGACUACCAGUCGGCCAUUUUGCUUGACCCUAGCUACUCACUGGCCUACUUCAACGCUGCCAACAUGUACUUCCACACCAGACACUUCAAACAGGCUCUGGUUUAUUAUAGUAAGGCAAUUCAACAUAAUCCCAAAGAUGAAUCUGCUUUUCUGAACCGAGCCAUCACAAAAGUGUUGUUGCGAGACGCCCAGUCAGCCCUGGCCGACUUCAAGACGGCCAUCAAACUGUGUCCGUACUCUGCACACAUGUACUUCAACCGCGGGAACCUGUACACGUCCAUGGAGCAGUACGAGAGGGCAGAGAAAGACUACUCCAAAGCUCUACGUCUGCAGCCGGAUGAUGCGAUGGUUCUCAAGAGACGGGCAGACGUGCGUGGCAAGCUGGGCAGACGGAAAGAAGCAGUCGCUGACUACAAGUACGCCAUCCAGAUACAAACACGACCUCACAAGAAAUAAACUUCAUCAGAAGUACACCAUCCAGAUACAAACACGACCUCACAAGAAAUAAACUACACCACAAGUACGCCAUCCAGAUACAAACACGACCUCACAAGAAAUAAACUUCACACAAGUAUGCCAUCCAGAUACAAACACGACCUCACGAGAAAUAAACUUCACACAAGUAUGCCAUCCAGAUACAAACACGACCUCACGAGAAAUAAACUUCACACAAGUAUGCCAUCCAGAUACAAACACGACCUCACGAGAAAUAAACUUCACACAAGUACGCCAUCCAGAUACAAACACGACCUCACGAGAAAUAAACUUCACACAAGUACGCCAUCCAGAUACAAACACGACCUCACAAGAAAUAAACUUCACACAAGUACGCCAUCCAGAUACAAACACGACCUCACAAGAAAUAAACUUCACCACAAGUACGCCAUCCAGAUACAAACACGACCUCACAAGAAAUAAACUUCACACAAGUACGCCAUCCAGAUACACUCAUGACCUCACAAGAAAUAAACUUUACAACAAGUACGCCAU